UCGGGGCAGAUGCACAACCACCAGGCAGGAGCGACUCUGUUCAGCUACUAUGGAGCAACAAGACAAAGCUCAGGCUGGAGACAUGUGCAAGUUUGUGCAAGAGAAAUCUGGGAGCAGGUUUAUGAAAAAGGUGUUUGUCUAUUAAAAGGAAACGAGGAAGAAAAGAAGAGAGGACGGUGCCAACUGUAAACAUACUCAAGUAUCUUUUUAUGAGGAUGAAACCCCUGUUAGUCUUCAAGUGAUUCAGUCUGCAGCAACACCAAGAAAAUGUAUCAUGAGAAGACAGUGCUGAUAACAAAUGCAAGACAGACCUGAGCUCAUACUGCCCCCCUGUCCAGCAACAGUACUUUAAUGGUUGGAACUGCCCGCCCCAACCUACAUUACUGCCCUCGCAGACACAGCCUGAUGAUCACCGGUGCCAUGGGAGCGGUGCGAGUCAACAGAUACAGCAUCGUUUCCACAGAUGAAGAUGCCCUGAAGAUCUCCAGCCUGGGCCUCCACAAUGGCCACAGUCCCCUGACUCAGCAGACAUUGUCGGGGGCCUGUAUGCGAGGUGAGGAUGGAGGAGGCGAGUGUCCUGGAAGUGAUGAAGGAAGAGGGACUUUGUCUCUGAGGGUAACAAAUGAGCCUAUCGUCCACAACAGUUGCCGUGCUUCACCUUCAUGCCGCCUGGGCCUGGAUCUGGGCACCGGCCGUCUGCGCAGCCGCUUUGUGAAGAAGAACGGCCAGUGCAACGUGGUGUUCAACAACAUGGAGGAUAAGCCACGACGAUACCUGGCUGACAUUUUCACCACCUGUGUGGACAUACGUUGGCGCUACCUGCUACUCAUCUUCACCACCACCUUCCUUCUGUCUUGGCUGCUCUUUGGCCUGAUCUUCUGGGGAGUGGCCCUCGCACAUGGAGACUUUGAUCUUCGUAUGCCCGUGAAGGACGGGGAUCCUCGGAGUACCACAGAGGAAGGAAAAGACGAAUGGCGGCCAUGUAUUCUCCACAUCCAGGGCUUCAUUGGGGCGUUCCUCUUCUCCAUAGAGACCCAGACCACCAUCGGAUAUGGUUUCCGAUGUGUCACCGAAGAGUGCCCAGUCGCUGUGGUGACUGUGGUGGUGCAGUCCAUCGUGGGCUGCAUUAUUGACUCCUUCAUGAUCGGCACCAUCAUGGCAAAGAUGGUGCGGCCGAAGAAGAGGGCACAGACCUUGCUGUUCUCGCAUCAUGCUGUCAUCGCGCUGCGAGAUGGUAAGCUGUGCCUCAUGUGGCGUCUGGGAAACAUGCGCAAGAGCCACAUCGUCGAAGCACAUGUUCGCGCUCAGCUCAUUAAGCCUCAUGUGACGGCGGAGGGUGAGUACCUCCCUUUGGAGCAAACAGACAUUGAUGUCGGCUAUGACGACGGACUGGAUCGGCUGUUUCUGGUGUCGCCGCUGGUGGUGGUCCAUGAGAUCAACAAGAACAGUCCUCUGUAUAACCUGAGCCGCACUGAGCUGCAGAAAGAGGACUUUGAGAUUGUGGUCAUCUUGGAGGGGAUGGUGGAGGCCACAGCUAUGACCACUCAGGCCCGCACCUCCUACUUGGCCAAGGAGAUCCUAUGGGGCCACCGCUUUGAGCCUGUGGUCUUUGAGAAGGGCGACCGCUACCACGUGGACUAUUCCCGCUUCCAUAAGACCUAUGAAGUGCCAUCUACGCCUCACUGCAGUGCCAGGGAACUGAGCCAGAUGACAGGUCGCAGUGGGCAGUCCUCAUCCUCCAGCUCAAGUUACUCCCGGUCUCCAUCACCGUUUGCCCCGAGGGCGGCCCGCCACCUGCUGGGCCCUCACUCCCCCAGCGCUUUCUGCUACGAGAACGAGGUAGCUUUGUGCUGUGGGGACGACGAGGAUGAGGAGAAUGUAAAGAAGGAGGCGGGGAGUCUGAACAUUAGAAGUGACAGAGAGCUAACAAUGAGAGAUGAUAUUCACUUGGGUUUCAAGGAGACAUUUGUGGAGGAGCAGACGGUGGAGAUGUUGUGUGUUCUGGACACAGAGAAUCAGAUCAGCCUUGACAGACUACAGCCCACCCUACCUUUAUACAUCAGCAGAGAGUCAGGAGUUUAAUCAAUGGUAAUGGCUGCCCUUCCAUUUGUUUCCUCUCUUUGUCUGUGUGCACCCGACCAAAGUAUUGAACUAGUGUAAAAAUAAAAGAUGGAGGACACAAUUUUAACUGUACAUUUGGAGAAAGAGAGGGAUCCUUUUUUUUGCAGCUGUCACAAACUCCUCUCAGCUUUAGCUCAUAACUCGCUCUGAUUUCAGGUAUUGUACACUUUCAGUUGUUACAUCAGCAUCUAUAAAACGCACAGCUCAUCUACUUUGAAACAUGGUGAACAGGUAUUUCUCUCAAAUCAUGAGGUAUCUUGAAAAACUUUAUUGCUCUCUUGUUUUAUUCAAUAUGACCAGUGUAUGAGCUACAGUUAAGUCAAGCUUUUUGUUCUUGAUUUCCAUUCAUUUUGUUGUAAAUAUGAUAUGCUUUUUGUUUUCAUUUUAAAAUAAUCAUACAUCAUAUACAGAUAAAUGUUCUAAGAGAAAAAUCUAUUUAUUAUAAAGGAAGCAUGACACUCGUGCUCAACUUCAACACACUUAUUUUCUCUGUGUAAAAAUAAAUUAUUUCUGUAUUUUGAACUUCCGUCUUCCUGCCUGAGUUCUGUUACUUUUCACAUUUGAUAAAUAAGCAAUUUUCUUUUUCAUCAUUUAUCACAGUUUAUUCUAUGAUAGAAAACAAGUUCAAAUAAAUUAAAUCCCCGAACCAUGGAAACAGCAUUCUAACUGUUAAGUCACACGUGUACAGAAGAAGAACAAGCACUUUAUUCUUACUUUUAUCAAUAGAUACAAACACUUUGCAACAGUGUGUUGUUUUGUAUGAAUAAAGCACCUAAUAAAAAAAACAGUAUACUGUUAAUGCUUGAA